AUGAGGAGAGUUUUUUUAAAACGCGCCUACCGCGAGGCGGUGAGCUGGUUUGGCUCUGAAAACUAUCGCAAGGCGUUUAAAUGCGCGCCCCGUGUGUCUGUGCUGCAGUCAGACUAUCGCUCAAUCAGGAGCCCGUUGCUGAUGCGCAUGGGGACCCUUGACGAGGUUCGCGAGGCCCUGCGGCUGAAAAUCGGCGGUCAGCAGUCGUUGUGGGACAACUGCCUGGGCCUCACUGGUGUGGGUGAGUUCUGUGGUUUGGAGGCCGUCUGUUUUGGCGAUCAUAUUGGGGGCAAGAUUUCAGUACAAGGCAUGAAUGUCUAUGUUUCUUCCCUCGAAGACUACGUCCGGAAGUGCCUCGACUCCUACACAUGUAUGAUGCCAUUACUACAACAGUUUUGUUGGCUAAACUUGAGAAUCCACGAGGUUACCCAUGUCAUUGCUUUGCAGCCGCAUGGUCGACCAUAUUAA